AUGGCGUCGUGUAACUUAUAUUCACUGUUAUUGUUUUACAGUUUCUUACAAUUGGUAUACAGCCAAUGUGAGGGGAAUCCACCACGAAAUAUUAAAAGAGUUUUAGAGACAGACGAACCAGGCUACUAUCUAUUCAAUUUAACAUCUAAUAAUGACGAGUGGUCGUUUGAUAUAAUAACACCAUCUACCAGCGACGAUUUCUUCAGAUCCUAUUUUAAUUUCUACCAGCAUAAUGAUACCUAUAUAUUCUCAGUCAAUAAAACACUGGAUCUUGAAGAUAUUUAUGAACAAACGAGAAUUUUACUAACGAGUUUUACGUUCAAGUUUUACUGUACGAUUAAUAAUCGACAAACUCAGAAUUAUGACUAUUUUCUAAGAGUUUUGGAAGUGAACGAGUUUCCACCUAAUUUCAUCAACCCACCAUUCAUAAGAAACAUCACCGAGGACGCUAUGAUCUCAACAGAACUUAUCAAACUGAGUCUUCAUGCCGAGGAUAAAGACGUCAACCAAACCAUGGAUGAAAUACAGGGAUUUAGAAUAUAUGAUUAUAUAUCUCCACAGCUGGAUGGUCAAGGAAAGUUCCACAUGCCGAAAUCACAAGAUGGUUUGAUCCAAUUAAAAGCGACUUUAGAUUAUGAUACGAUGGUAGAGAAGUUUUAUAUUCUGAAUGUGUCAGUUCAGGAUCGUGGAGGUUUGACAGAUUUCACCCUGAUAACCGUGAAUGUUCUAGACGUGGAUGAUCAGCCUCCUGAGUUCUAUUAUAAAGGCUGCCAGACUUCACCGUGUUCCAUUUUCUACCAAUCGUCAGUUGCUGAUGAUUUUACAGGCCCUUUAAAUGAUUUAUCACCUGCCCCAAUAUUUGCACGUGAUAGAGAUAGUUUGAAUUACUCUAUAAGAUACAGUUUAGUUAACGGUAACCUACCAGAAGUCAAAGACCAUUUCCAGAUUGAUGACGUCACAGGGGUGGUAUCGGUUAUUAAAGACUUCCAGGAUGUCGAUGCCAGUAGUUUUAGUUUGACCAUACAGGCGGAAGAAGAGUCUGUCAAUCGGCGAUCAACUUCCACAUUCCUAUGGGUGUCAAUUCUUGGACGAUCCACCGAAUCUCAACCAACCCAGGUUGUUACCCAACUCAUCACAGCCACAGACGACAGUGCGCUGAAAUACGCCAUGAUUGCCUUAGCUAUUGUGAUAUUCCUCAUUAUCAUCGCCUUUAUACUUAGUAUAAUAUUUGUCCGCAAGAAAUACCGGAAGCCAAUUUCUCCUAUUGACCUUUCACCGGCUGGAAGUGAAAUGGGAACGGACGAUGAAGAUUUAUCACUAAGCGGAAGUGACAAUUGGCCCUCGCCUAUUCCUCCUGGUAAACAGGAACGGAUUAUAGCCUCACUUCCGGAAGGACGCGGUUCGUUGCCUCCGAUUCAAUACGUAGAGACUGGUACACCUCCUACUAGUCACUACCAAAACAAUAUCACGCAUGCGACUUUGCAACGGUCUGGUAAGGAUAAAUUGAGAAAAGACAGUCGAUCCAAUGACUCAAAUAUUUUUGACGGAACGAGAGAAUAUGAUGGACCAGCCGAACUGGAAUUUUACUUAAAGGACAAAACACUGCGACCGUUAUCAGCUUCUAAACGAGAAACCGAACUGGACCCAAGGUACUGGCUAACCGUGGAUAAUCACUAUUAG